AAGCUGAAAGGCCGAUUGGAAACAAACCGGGGCAUCUCUGGGAUACAGGAAGAAACUGCUGAGUAAUCAACGUUGAAUGAAAUUAAAUUGAAGUAAUUAAUUAAUUCUGCAUUAAAUCACCUGCAUUGCUCACCAAAUAGCUACUCGGGAGGGGUUUGGUGACCAUUUUAGUCAUUUUGUUUCAUUCAAGACUUAACUGCCCAGCUAAGUAACUCGAUCUGAACGACCAACCUAGCCACUGCUAGCAACACGCGCUCAUUUGCUGCAUACGCGUCUGUUUGUUGGCUGCAAAGGUCUGCUAGUGCAUGGUCUAAAGAAAGAAUGGAUCAUUCCGUUUUAAAAGACAAACGCCACAAAUCCUCCAGUGACAACCUGUAAAUAUCCACGGGCUUCUGGGUAGCUGGCUAAUUUUGCACUUCAUCUGGGCCCAAGACGCCCCCUCGUAAUAAAUACAGUUAAGUGCUUCAAUUUAAUUAUCUUGGCUGCCUAGCUUUAUUUGAAGCUGCAACAAUCGCUUCUGAACUUGUGACCAUCCAGAGAGUGAAAAAACAGGGUGCAUCGCUUGCUUUGGCGAUACUGAAAACGCUGAUUUAAAUUUUUGUCGUUUGUGUAAUGUCAAACCUAGCUAGCGUUAAGUCGAAUUAUGUCUUAACCGCGUAGAGCUAUGUGUGUCUGAUGAAUUUACCUGGCUGUUAGCCAUUGUAACUAAUGUGCGUAUCACUGAAAUGCAUGCGAUUCCGUGUACAGCUGUGUUAGCCUAACGUUAGUGCUGUUGAUGGUUCUGUUUUGCCCAGUGCUUCGCAGCAGCAUGUCCGUGUCGGUGAUAAUAAAAUGGGGCGGGCAGGAGUACACAAUCAGCACGUUGUCUGAGGAGGACACCGUGCUGGACCUCAAGCAGUCCAUCAAAUCUUUGACGGGCGUCCUCCCAGAAAGACAGAAACUGCUGGGCUUGAAAGUCAAAGGUAAACCAGCCGAGGAUGACAUUAAACUGGGCACCUUGAAACUGAAGCCAAACACCAAGAUCAUGAUGAUGGGGAGCAGGGAGGAAAGCCUGGAAGACGUUUUGGCCCCUCCCCCUGAAAACGAUGAUGUCAUCAAUGAUUUUGACAUUGAAGAAGAGGUUAUUGAGGUAGAGAACAGGGAGGAGAACUUGGCAAAGAUCGCCAGGCGUGUAAAAGAUUACAAAGUGGAAGAGCUGAACCCCCCUAGAGAAGGAAAAAGGCUACUGGUGUUGGAUGUGGACUACACGUUGUUUGACCACAAGUCGUGUGCGGAGACGGGCCAGGAGCUGAUGAGGCCGUUUCUGCACGAGUUCCUCACAACCGCGUACGAGGACUACGACAUCGUCAUCUGGUCUGCCACAAGCAUGAAGUGGAUCGAUGCUAAAAUGAAAGAGCUGGGAGUAACCGACAACCCCAACUACAAGAUCACCUUCAUGCUGGACAGUGCGGCCAUGAUCACAGUGCACACCCCCAAGAGGGGUGUGGUGGAGGUGAAGCCGCUGGGAGUAAUAUGGGGCAAGUACGGAGAGUUCUACAACAAGAAGAACACCAUCAUGUUCGACGACAUCGGCAGAAACUUCCUCAUGAACCCCCAGAACGGGCUGAAGAUCCGUCCGUUCAUGAAGGCGCACUUAAACCGGGAAAAAGACAAGGAGCUCUUCAAACUCUCUCAAUAUCUGAAGGAGAUUGCCAAGCUGGACGACUUUUCAGGGCUGAACCACAAACACUGGGAAAGGUACCUGUCCAAGAAACAGAGCCAGUAGAGCGCCCCCUGCUGUGUGCGCACGUGGCUCCUCCUCCAUCAAGCGGUGGUGCUGGACACUCGAGCUGACAGUUGGCUGCUCCAAUCCCCCACCCCUCAUGCCCCGCUUCCUGGUCGAGUAUGUCCUAUAAUUUGUUAGCGGUUAGCAUCGGCCUCCAACUCGCGCACACGCACGCUUGCCGUUCUUCAUCGAUCGCCGUGCGCACGGGUUUCUCGACUGCUGCGAUUGGGUCCGGCCCAACCCCUCUCCAUUUUUUGUGCAUCCGGAAGGUUCCCUUGCUCAACCUGUCUAGCAUAGCCUCUGUUACAGGCCUCCCCCCCCCCCCCCCCCCC